AGUGGCUGCCUGAUAGCCGGUGAGGUGUUGGUGUAGUUUAUGCACUCCCGCUCCCCGAAGACUUGCCCGCCUGGAUUUUUACCCACAGCACCUCAGCACCUCUGAGAGCACGAGUGAAGUGACGGAGAGGAAAGGAACGAUCCAGUGACAACGCAGUGGUUCACUUGUUGUUUGCAAACAAAGCCAGAAUUAUGGAAAAGGGAAAACCGACCCAAAAAUUAUAGUGAAAUCUCUCUACAGAUUCGAAGCUUCAUGCAACGUUUUUCGAGACCAGUUCCUCGAGAGAAAUUUGUCUUCAUUGUGUCCCAAGAGUGUUCCAGUUCGUGGAAAAAAGACAACACCAGGAACUGAAAACUGCAUGAGCCGUGAUGGACAUUAGGCUGGAAAGUCUCGUCAGCAGGAGGUGUCGUGCGUGACAUUGUGUACGCUAGACGGAUUAACUAACACCUAGGGAAGGUAUCCAGGCAACGCCGCCUGGAGCCCCGAGGUGCCUGUGGCGCCUGAAAAACCCAACGCCUCCCUCGGCCUGCCCACUCAGCAGUCUGCCAUGAAGGGUCUUCCAACAUGCGUCCCACACAGCUUGAUGCGACUGUGGACGGUGCUGUGGGCGGCGACGUGGUGGUGCGAGCUGACGGACGCCCUGGGUGCGCCCCUCCUGGGACCAGACAUCAUGAGCUUCGGAUCCCUCCCACCGCUCAGCCUGUGGCAAAACGGCGCCUUCCCACUGGUGGCCGCCACGCCGCCCCAGUCGGGCCUCCCGGCACCCAAGGGCACCGAGUUUGAUGGUCCAGACCCUGGCCUCAACGCAGCCAUCAUUAAUGUGCCGGUCGACCCUUGCCCGAACGGCUACCGGAAAGAUAUGAACGAGAAGUGUCGCCUCAUGUUUGGAUACGGGCCCAACCCUUUCUUCUCAUUCACCCCCGAGAACUUCAAGGGCGACCUACAGUUCUACAUGGGCCAUCAGGUUGCAGGACCGAACAGGAGACGCGCGCGAUUACGGAGACCAAGACCAUCUCGACUCAAGCCUAAUUCAGCGCCUAAGAAGAAGCAAGCAGAGGACGAUGAUGACUAACUGCUGCCCGCGCCGCCGUGUCGGUGGACUUUUGGGAUCCCAGUACAGUGGCAUUUCCUUACCGAUAAUACUAUUAGAAUUAUAAGAAUAUUAAUGUAGCUGCUGUUUGGGCAGUGUAUGGUUUCCAACCGUGAAUAAUGGCAGGUGAAUGAAUUUAAGAAGCUGUAGUUGGUUUAAAAAUGUUGAUAAUAAUUACCAAAGCCUCCGCCCUCGCAACGACGGAAAGCAUUGUGUAGAAGUGUCCGCGUGUGAGCCAUUAUUCAAAUAUUCAUGUAUCCUACCUCAACACUGACGACUGUGAUGAGGAGUCUGAUGUGCACUGAAGACUGACGACCAUUGGGAAGAAGUCGCCCUCACAAGUAUUACCAGGAUGGCGCCAGGCUCACCCUCCCGCGGCGGAGCUUCAGCUCGUGGCCCUCCCAGUCUGCCUCCAAUGGCGUCCAGCGUGACUCGUUACUGCGACACACAGUAUAUUUAUUGACAUGUUAACAGGUGUCUCAACUGACUACAGAUGUAUAUAUAUAUUUUUUUUCUUCAUCAAUUGACUCAAAGGUGAUUAAAAAAAAAAAAAAAGUGUUCGUAUAAUCGAGUCAUUUUGUCACUGAAAGCAAACCAGUCACACACACACACACACACACACACACACACACACACCAUUAGUAAAAAUAAAAAAAAAUAAUAAUAAUAAUAAUAAUAAAUCAAGAAAUAAAAUCACCAAAUACUGUAAUGAGUUUUAUCGAUGACUUGUAGAUCACAGGAGCAAGGUAAACAUUGUGAUGAAUGAGUUGUUUUCUCUGCUGUCUACACACGGGAACUGUUUACUGGUUUGUCUGUAUGUAUGCAUAUGUUGUAGUUUUACAUGAAGACAUUAUUUCAAGGGAAUACAGUGUAUUAGAAAUAAAAUGUCCGUCUUAAAAAUCUUACUAGUAAAUUACAUAAAA